GAUUAUUCGAAAAAAAGAGAAAUAUUAAAUAAAUUGUUCAUUCCGAUACCUGAGAUAUAUAUCCGUUAUUUAUACAACCUGACUGAUCGAACGGAUAAACCAAACAUGAUGGACAUACGAACUGCUGUUGCUACAAAUAUUACUAAUGUUGAUCAACAUGAUAAUGUAGUUGAUCAAUCAUCACCACCACCACAACCACCAAAUCAAUCACAAUCAAUUAAAUCGAAUCUGAAAUUCAAUAUCGAUGGAUUAAUUGGUACUAAUAAUAAGAAUACAUCAUCAUCAUCAACAACAACAACAACUACCACUACUGCAACUAGCAAUCAACGUUCAGAUAUUAAUGUCGGCAAUAGAAAUGAUUUAAAUUUAACAAAUACUUCAUCAUCACCAUCACCACCAUCAUUAUUAUCGAAUAAUCAUAAUUUGAAUCACCAAACACAAGCACAUGCAAUGGCACAAGCAUUUUUUCAACGAAUAUUACCCGGUGUUGGUUCUGGUUUACAAAAUAAUAAUUUUUUACCACCAGGUAAUAGUAUUGGUGGUGGUGCUGCCAACACAUUCAAUACAUUGAAUCCAUUUGUUGGUAUUCCACCAUCACAUCAUCAUCAUCAACAACCACAAACGGUAGUCGGAAAUCAUCUUCCACCACCACCACCACCACCAUCAUCAUCAUCAACAGCAAAUAUGCCGCAUCCAAUACCACAACCGGCUAUAUCACAUCAACAUCCAUCAACAGUAAUUGGUGGUUCCAAACCAAAAGUUGCUACACCUGCUGUUGUUGCAAAAAUUGAACAAUAUAAACGUGAAAAUCCAACCAUAUUUGCAUGGGAAAUACGCGAACGUUUAAUUUCUGAAGGCGUAUGUACUAACAGUACAGCACCAUCGGUAUCUAGUAUAAAUCGUAUCUUAAGAAAUCGUGCUGCUGAACGUGCAGCCGCAGAAUUUGCACGUAAUUAUCAGAUUGCAGCUGCUGCUACGGCCGUACAUUAUCAACAACAACAACAACAAUCAUCACCAACAACAACAACACCUGUAUCUGUGAAUUCAGCCACCCCCACCACUACCACUCCCACACCUAAUGCUGUAGCAGCAACAAAUCCACCAUCCGGUCCAAAUGGUAUACUUCCGGCAGCAGCAGCAGCCGCCGCCGUUGCAGCUACAGGUGUUAAUCCAUUAUUAGCUGCUUCAAAUCCAUUAUAUGCAGCAUGGAUGGCUGCAGCUACAUUUGGACAGACGAAUGGUGGUAGUGAAUCACCAAAUGGUCAAACAACAAAUAAACCACCGAUAAUACCUAUGCACUCAUAUCCAAAUGGCGAUAAUUUUCAAAUUACACAACAGAAAUUAGCACAAUUUCUUCCACAACAACAAUUACAUCAAAUGUUAGCAAUGGCAGCAAUGGCUAAUAAUGGAAAAUUAUCACAGAAUGAUCCAUCAUUGAUGAAACAACAGCAACUACAACAGGAAAACAAUGUUAAACAAAAACCAUUAUGGAAUCCAUCGAUUAAAACAGACGAAUCACAACCAUCAUCAAUGAAUAAAGACAAUCUACAACCGGACAUCAACAACAGCGACGACAAAAUCGACGAUAAUCGUCAUCGUGAUCUAGAAAAUUAUGAAGAUAGUCAUAAAAAUAAUAAUGAUAAUAAAAGACAAAAUGGAUCAAUUGAUUAUCGAUCACCAGAAUCAUCAUUAUGUAAUGGAAAAUCAUCACCAUCGCAGCAACAACAAUCUCCCGAAAAUUCGAUCCAAGAUUCAUUGCUAUCAAAUCGUCAUGUAGCGACAUAUCCGAAUGCCGCCCAUCAACCAUCACUACCAUUGCUGCCCCCACCACAUCCUCAUCAUUUAAAUGCAUUUGCUACAGCUAUGGGCAUCAAUAAUCCUGCAGCAGCAGCCGCUGCUUUUGCUGCUGCUGCUGCCGCAGCUGCAACUGGACAUGAUCCAACCGGAAAUCCCGCUAUAUUAACCGGACAUCCUGGUCAUCAUCAUCAUUCUCAUCAUCAUCAUCAUUCAUUAUUAUCAGCAGCGGCUGCUGCAAAUGCAACAAAAUUUCGUCGUAAUCGUACAACAUUUUCACAUGAACAAUUAGAAGUAUUGGAAGAAGAAUUUGAACGUACACAUUAUCCAUGUGUAACAACACGUGAACGUUUAGCACAGGCUACAUCAUUAUCUGAAGCUCGUGUACAGGUCUGGUUUAGUAAUCGUCGGGCUAAAUGGCGUCGUCAUCAACGUAUGAAUGCAAAUCAAUCGAAAUACAUUGGUAGUGGUGUUGGCAACGAAAAUUCUGAUGAUGGUUCACCUGAUUAUUAUCGACAACAACAUGAAAGUUAUUAUAUUCAUGGUGAAUCGAAUCAUUCUUCAUCGAAUGGUUCACCACGACAACAAAAACAAUCAUCAACAACAAUCGAUGAUCAUAAACGACAAAGACGACAACGACAAAAUGAUUUUAAUGAUAAUGAUUCAAUAAUUGAUGAUGAUGGUUCAGAAUUGAUGAUUGAUAUGACAUCGAAUGAUUCUUGUGAUUCAUUCGAUUCAUUUCAACAACAACAACAAAAACAUCAACGUCGACGAUCAUCAACAACAAUAAUCGAUAAUAAUAAUCAAAUGAAUGGACAAAAUAAUGUCGAUUCACCAUACCAUAUUAUAAACCACGAUGAUGAUGAUAAAUCCAUCAUAGAUUCACCACCACCAAAAACAACAGAAACAUCAACAUUAACAACAUAUCCAACGACGACUAAUCAAUUUGCUGCAGCAAUGUUUGGAUCUCCUCAUAAUCAUCAUCAUCAUCAUCAUCAUCAUAAUUCUCAUCUAUUUCCACAUCAUCCGGGUAUUUCGAUUCCAAUUCCUACUUCCACAUCAUCAUCAUCAUCAUCAUCAUCAACAACAACAUCAACACAUCAAACAAAUUCAAUAACAACAGCGAUGAAUCCAUUCAUUGGUUAUGGUCCCGGUCAUUUAGAUAUAUCAUUAUAUCAAUAUAAUCAGGCAUUAUUAGCUGCUGGAUUUCAUUCGAAUCCAUUUUUAAAAUUUACACAAUCAAAUUCAUUUGACUCACAACAACAACAACAACAGCAACAACAACAAAUGAAUGGUGUGGAAAAUAAUAAUUCCACCAAUAAUACAAUCAAUUCUGCUUUUAGUAAAGUUAACUAAUUUUAUA